GUUACCGACGUCACGUGGUGCGGGCUGGGCCAAUGAGAAGCCGCCUCGAGCGUUUGAAUUUGUCAUCCCGUUGGUUGUUUGGUGCCCGCGGCCACCGUCGCUUCCUCGCAGGGUGGUGGCCUCAGGUGGAACUAUGGCCCGCGAGAGAGAGUGCCACGGGACCUCCAGCGGUGUGGCCCAACCCCCGAAGGACGUGCCCAAAAUGAGGUCCCACAAGGAAAGCCUCGCUCGAUUAAAGGAAAAAAUAUCAAACAAACGAAUCCUAAAACUCUCCCGGACGAAUGCCACCGUGACUCACAACCUGGCGACGAAGGCCAAGACGAGGCGACUGAAUGUGUCAUCGCGGCAGACACUUCUGGCGAGCAACAAGGCGCUGGCACUGGCACUGGAGGCAGAGAAGCACAAGGGCAGCAUGGCGAUCAGCCUGAUGAACGAGAUGCGACACACGUGUUACGUGCAGAUGUUAAAGGCCUCCGUGCUCAAGAGGCGCCUCAACGUGGCUGAGACGAGCUGCGAGGAGGCCCAGAUUGUGGUCGCAACAUUGCAGGAUCUCCUCGUCCACGUUUGCAAUAACAACGCUGAGCUGCUGUCUGCAGGGCUCAAGGCGUGCGCCCAGAUGAAGAAAGUCACUCCGGGUCAAGCAAGGGUUGUGGAAAACGAAUUUGGAGCAUCAUCUGCACAAGCUUUACCUUCACAGAUCGUGAUGCCGCAGCGGAUUCCAGUAGGAAUGAGCCGCAACGAGGAAGAGGUGGUCUCUGCUCCUGAGAAGCGAAACGAGUGCUCGCCACACAGCCCUGGGCCAGUUGCCACCACCGCAAGGCUUUCGGGGCUUAAGCUCAGCUUCUUGGACACGACCGCCACAGAGGAGAACGAGCGUCUGCCUGUGGCUUUGGCAUUAGAACCAACCCUGCCCUCCUACAUCACCUCACGCCGGCGUAAAGACUUGACCACCAAUCCGGUCCUCACUAUUGUCAAUGAAGAGAUGAAUGCGGCCGGCGUGACCGAGUGCAAGAUUCCCGCCUUGGAGGUGGACAGCUUCAGCGAGCCGGUGCCCAACACGAGCACUACUACCGAGAAGACCGUGUACAGCCAAUUGGACAUGGAGAUGACGUGCGACUGCUCCGUCAGCAUCGAAGUCAUCAGGACUAACAAGACGGAAAAUGCAAAGGACCCCACUCUGACCUCGGUGCAGUCUACACCGAGCAAGGCCGAGGGAACCGCGGCUCGUUGGGAUGAGCAGGAGAAUGACAAGGAGAAUGACAAGGAGAAUGGCAGCAGGCCCAGGGUACGUUCCAAGUCUGGGAAGAUUAAAUCUGCUCAUCUCGUGAACAAGGUCUCGCAAGCGGGAGCCGCCAACAAGGCGCAGCGUAACACCCGGAGCGAGAGUGUGGCGACAGUCGAGAAGACAAGAAGGGCGAGAAAUGUGAAGUACAAAUCUUCGCCGAUAGGAGGGGGAGGCCUUGAUGAUAGAGCCGGGGAUGACGACGAUGCAUUCGACUUUGAUUUGAAGGAGAUGUUGUAUAAGACCCCCUUUCGCUUCACGUCCAGAGUGGCGGUGGUGGCAGAGGAAGAGCAGGAGCUGGUGCCAAUACCUUCACUGACUAUGCCUGCAAAUAAGAAGUGCAGUGCAUCAAGCACAUUGGCCGAGGCGAGCGUUGCAAUCCCCCAGCAACUCGUCGACCGAACCAAUGAGGCGACGGCUGUAACCGGCACCCCACCGGCACACGGCCACCAGCUGAUGCUGAGUGAACCCAAGAGGCCCAAGAUAUCUGUGAUGCCAACCUCGGAACGCCGCUGCAGGUCACUGGUGAACUACAAGCUGCCGAACAUCAAUACGAAGCUACGGCGAGGUGACGAGUUCACGGACGCACAAUUCCUCUCCUCUCCGAUCUACAAGACUGAACAGAAGAAGAAAAAGCGGCAGAAGCGAGGCGCCAGAACUAUUCCCCAGAUGUCUUGUUUUGAGGAGGCCGAUGUUGCAUCGGCUAACCCGCCACCUGCUUUACAUUGCAUUCAAGAAUACAAUUAACAAACCUUUUCAUGGGUUAUUGCAAGAGUUCACUUGGUAACUUUCAAUUGUUUUGAAUGUGUUAUUUUUAAGCUUUUUUACCAGGAAAGGAUUACCCUCAUGACUUUUAUUCCAGAGGGUUCUGCCCAAGUUUUGCAGUAGGGAGGUGAUUUCCAUGUCUCAAUCAAUAUCAUUAACUGUGGAGUCAUUGACCAAGGUUCACGUUAACCUGUGCUCAAGGUUUGUGUACAAGUUGACGGAUUUGCUUUGUCAUUUAACAUUUUGCAACUUCUGACGUUAAUACCAGAACAAUGGCCUACUCUUGUUAAUGCCGUUACAGGAUAUAGUUAACGUCCACUGUGAAGCAGACGGCACACUUUUACAGUUAAUUACAUGCGUAGCGUUAACCAGGGUGGCCUCUUGAUUAGAAUGUGCCGCCACAACAAGUGAAUAACGCGUUGCCGCGAGGCCAUGUCACCACUCAUUUGAAUGUUGCAUCUUUACAAAGCAUAAUUUUGAUUUUAAUCGAUGUGGGUUUGUUAAUAAAAUCUGGAACUGUG